GGAGCCGGGCUGGAGUGAGCUCCUCGCACGCUCGCCAUGGAGGGCGUCCGCUCGGCGGCGGUGCUGGAAAACGGCCGCCCGGCCGCUCCGCCGCUGGCGGCGGGGACAGCGACAGCACCCGCAGCUUCCCCUCCGCGCUCCUGCUGCGCCUCUAACCUCUGGGUCCGCGUGAAGGAAAAACUCUGCACGUGGCAUAUUGUGAAAACACUUCUCCUGGGUCAGAUACUCUCCUUGCUUAUUUGUGGGACUGCGGUCACAAGCCAGUUUCUUGCCGACAAGUACAGCAUCAACACUCCAAUGCUGCAGAGUUUCAUAAACUAUUGUUUGCUUUUCCUAGCAUAUACAACGACUCUGGCAUUUAGGAAAGAUGGUGAUGGACUCUUGCAGAUCCUAAAGAGGAAAUGGUGGAAGUACAUUUUGCUUGGAUUGGCUGAUGUUGAAGCUAACUACACCAUUGUAAAAGCCUAUCAAUAUACAACCAUAACAAGUGUCCAGCUCCUGGACUGUUUUGGGAUUCCUGUGCUGAUGGCUUUAUCAUGGUUCAUCCUCCGUGCAAGAUAUAAACUAAUCCAUUUCAUUGCUGUUGCUGUCUGUCUGUUGGGCGUAGGGACCAUGGUCGGUGCAGAUAUAUUAGCUGGAAGGCAAGAUGGUGAAGGAAGUGAUGUGGUGGUUGGAGAUGUGCUAGUCCUCCUCGGCGCUUCAUUAUAUGCCAUUUCGAAUGUGAGUGAGGAAUACAUUGUGAAAAAUCUGAGCAGAAUGGAGUUUCUAGGAAUGGUGGGCUUGUUUGGGACUGUUAUCAGCGGUCUGCAGCUAGCUAUUGUGGAACACAGAGACAUAGCUAACAUUCAGUGGAACUGGAAAAUAGCCCUGCUCUUCGUGGCCUUUGCCCUGUGUAUGUUUGGGUUGUACAGUUUCAUGCCGAUUGUGAUUAGGGUGACCAGUGCUACCUCCGUCAACUUGGGCAUCCUGACAGCUGAUCUCUACAGCCUUUUCUUUGGACUUUUCCUCUUUGGCUACAAGUUUUCAGUGCUGUAUCUCUUAUCCUUUGUGGUCAUCAUGAUAGGCUUCAUCAUGUACUGCUCCACCCCAACCCGUACUGCAGAAGUUGCUUCAACCACCUUGCCAAUGGCAGAUAGUACUGGGUUUGACAACCUUGCUUUAAAAAUUGAGGAGAACCACCUGGAUUCAACUGAUCCUCUGGCAGCACAGCACAACAAAGAAGACAUCCAGGCAGAAGACACAACAGCUACAAAAUUAACAGCCUUGUGAAUAUGAAGUUUCAACUGCCAGAGUUGUCCUGGAAAAGUCAGGAAGCAACAGAUAAUGAACAUGAUACUAUGUUAGGGUGGACAAACUGGAGAAAUACCAAUGGUAGAAUUUGUGUUAAUGAUGAAGUCUGGAAAUGUAUCACAAAAUAAGGAGGGCUAAAUCCUUACUUGAAAGAUUGGUAUUAAUUCUUGUCCACUGAAGUUAUUCUUAGAGCUGACAGGUGAAUAGAAAGGUAGAGACUAGACUGUCUUUCUAUUAAAGAAAGCCAGAUUAAACUCAGAAUAAAUACAUGUCUUAUUUUGAGUAAUUUCUUAUGUUCUCAAGGAUUAUACAUGGUCAGUGAGGUUAUCAAAAAGAAAAUGGAAAGAGGGAAAACAAGGAAAAACACAAAGCAUAAAAUCAGAUGGCAAAUAGGAUCAGAGAGGCUGGGAACUCUAAAGGAAGAGAGUUCAAUGUUAGCGAAGAAUCCUUACCUCCCAGACUCCUAAACCAUAAGGAUGAGAAAUUACAUUUUGGAAGUGUGAAUUUGGUAACAGACCCUGAUCUUAUCCAGUUAACAUGGAGAGACGAUUUGUAUUCUUCACAUUAAUAUAAUUGCAUCACAACUCUUGAAGACUAGUAUACUUAGGUUCAGUUGCAUUGACUGCUGAUGCUAAUAAAUGAAAGAAAAAUAUGACUAAUUUUAUGAAGUGAAAAGAUGCACCAAAUCAUACCAGUUG